AUGCUGCUGCUGGCGAGAUGUCUGCUGCUGGCGCUCGUCUCCUCGCUGCUGAUGUGCUCGGGGCUGGCCUGCGGGCCCGGCAGGGGCUUUGGGAAGAGGCGGCACCCCAAAAAGCUGACCCCUUUAGCCUACAAGCAGUUUAUCCCCAACGUGGCCGAGAAGACCCUAGGGGCCAGCGGAAGGUACGAAGGGAAGAUCUCGAGAAACUCAGAGCGAUUUAAGGAACUCACCCCCAAUUACAACCCCGACAUCAUAUUUAAGGAUGAAGAAAACACCGGAGCGGACCGGCUGAUGACUCAGAGGUGUAAGGACAAGUUGAAUGCCUUGGCCAUCUCGGUGAUGAACCAGUGGCCAGGAGUGAAGCUGCGAGUGACCGAGGGCUGGGACGAGGAUGGCCACCACUCAGAGGAGUCACUGCACUACGAGGGCCGCGCCGUGGACAUCACCACAUCUGACCGUGACCGCAGCAAGUACGGCAUGCUGGCCCGCCUGGCCGUGGAGGCCGGCUUCGACUGGGUCUACUAUGAGUCCAAGGCACACAUCCACUGCUCCGUGAAAGCAGAGAACUCGGUGGCGGCCAAAUCGGGCGGCUGCUUCCCGGGCUCGGCCACGGUGCACCUGGAGCAGGGCGGCACCAAGCCGGUGAAGGACCUGCGUCCCGGGGACCGCGUGCUGGCGGCGGACGACCAGGGCCGGCUGCUCUACAGCGACUUCCUCGCCUUCCUGGACCGCGACGACAGCGCCACGAAGGUCUUCUACGUGGUGGAGACGCGGGAGCCGCGCGAGCGCCUGCUGCUCACCGCCGCGCACCUGCUCUUCGUGGCGCCGCACAACGGCUCGGCCGCCGCGGAGCCCGAGGCGUCGUCGGGGCGCCGCGCGCUCUUCGCCAGCCGCGUGCGCCCGGGCCAGCGCGUGUACGUGGUGGCCGAGCGCGACGGGGACCGCCGGCUGCUGCCGGCCGCCGUGCACAGCGUGACGCUGCGCGAGGAGGCCGCGGGCGCGUACGCGCCGCUCACGGCGCAGGGCACCAUCCUCAUCGACCGGGUGCUGGCCUCGUGCUACGCGGUGGUCGAGGAGCACGGCUGGGCGCACCGGGCCUUCGCGCCCUUCCGCCUGGCGCACGCGCUGCUGGCCGCGCUGGCACCGGCGCGCACGGACCGCGGCGGCGGCGGCGGCCGCGUCCCCGCCCCGUGCGCGCCGGGCGCGGCCGACGCGGGCGUCCACUGGUACUCGCAGCUGCUCUACCAAAUAGGCACGUGGCUCUUGGACAGCGAGGCCCUGCACCCGCUGGGCAUGGCGGUCCCAUCCAGCUGA